AUGGAUGAAGUUCUGAAAUCAGAGGAGGAGAAUGUUGUAAUUGCGUGCGGUGUGAAUAAUAAAAAGGCUACUCUGAUUACGUUACGAUUUGAAACGAAGGAGGAAUUUUCAAAGGUUCUUGGGAUUUUGGAAAAAUAUGCUAAACCCAAAAAUGCAGAAAUGGGUAGUCUGAGUCAAGAAAAGGUAUCUGAGGUGAAAUCUAAAUUCAAAGAACAUUUCGAAAUGGGAUCAAAGAAGACUGGGAAUGUUCCACCUGAGCUUCGGACAUCGGUAUCUGUAGCCAACCCAUAUUUCACCUCUCGAAAUCCUAAUCCCGAUUCACCCAGUAUUUCACAGAGCUCUUCUGUGCAAGAUUCAUCGUCCAUUACAGUGAUUACUUUAACAAACGGGGAAUCAACUCCGAGUUACACGAACGGGAUGAUUACAUUACCGCGUAAGAAUUCUGCUAGUGAGGAUGACAAUCGGUUUGAUGGCAACUCGUUGAAAGGAUUUCCCAUUUUCAGUAAACGAGAGCAAAUGAAGGCUAUGAUUUACUUUUGCGUUAGAAUCAAACGGGGUUUGUGUUUCUAUCAUUUAGCUUUUCGAAUAAAUCUGCUGCUAUAUGGUGUCAACUUCAUGAAUUUCCAUGGGGUUUCUGCUUUACAUAAAAAUUCUCAUUCAGAAGUAAAAUACAGAUAUUCUAGACAAAUAAUGGGUGUUUUUGAAAAACAUUCAUUUGUCAUGCAGUUGUCUUUAAAAAGUCAGUGUGAAGUGCAAAUAUAUGAUAAAAAUGUUGGAUUUGUCCAAAUAUUUAUUUUAAAAUGGACUCAAAAUGGUUCCUGA